AUGGCCCUCGUCGACCAAGCAGCCACCUUCAUGCACCAGUACAUCUACUCCUGGCUGCAAUCCACCCCGAGCAAAACCCCCGACGCCCUCAAACUCGGCGUCAUGUCAACCGCCCAAAUCAAUCCCGCAGCCGGCAAACCCCAACCAGAACCAUCGCCCCCCCCCAAUACUAACCCAACCAACACAGUCAUCCACCCCUCGGAAACCCAUCCCGGCGUGAUCCUCUACGCAAUCGCAUCGCGCGACCUCCCCACCGCGCAGAAAGCGCAGCGGCAGUACCGCUUCACGAAGGCAUACGGCUCGUACCAGGCGCUGCUGGACGACGACGCCGUCGACGCCGUGUAUGUCUCCACGCCGAACGGGCUGCACUUCGAGUGGGCGGCGAAGGCGAUGCGCGCGGGGAAGCAUGUACUCUGCGAGAAGCCGUUUACGGCGAAUGCGGACGAGGCGAAGCGGCUGGUUGAGCUGGCGAGGGAGAGGGGGUUGAUUGUUGAGGAGGCGUUCCACUGGCAGUUCCACCCUGCAGCGCACGCGUGGCGCCAGAUCCUUGAUUCGCUCGAGUACGGCAAGAUCCUGUGUACGAAGGCGGCGAUGACGACGGGGCCGGCGGUGCCGGCGGGGAAUAUCCGGUGGAAGUUUGACUUGGGUGGCGGCUCGGCGAUGGACAUGACAUACGCGCUGUCGUUCACGCGGUUCGCGCUGCACGCGCAGCUCCCGCAGGAGAUCAUCUCGGUGAGCGUGCGGCCGUCCAAGGCGGACCCGCGCGUCGACGAGGCGAUGUACGCGCACCUGGACUUCGAAGGGCCGCAGGGGACGCCCGUGCACAGCCGGGUGUACACGGACAUGGCGCGCGAGCGGCUGGGCGGGCUGAUCCCGCGGAUCUGGGAGCUGCCGUCGAUUGAGGUCGAGACGGAGAAGGCGAUCAUCUCCUUCUACAAUGCCAUGAUGCCGCAUCUGUACCACUACAUCUCGGUCACGGACAAGACCACGGGGAAGGAGACCGUCCGGAAGCAGUAUGCGGGUGGCCCGCUGUGGGGGAACGUCGUCACGAGUACGGGCGAGAAGGGCGGGAAUCCGCACUGGAGUACGUACCGCUGGCAGCUGGAAGCGUUUGUGGAUGCGGUGCGUGGCAGGACGCCCGCGUACUGGGUGUCGAAUGAGGAGAGUAUCUGGCAGAUGGAGUCGAUUAUGCGCUGUACCGAGCGGCCGGGUUGCCGGUGA